AUGAAUGGGGAUGCCACCAUUAACAUGUAUGGUGGAGCUUGUGCUGCAUGUAGGCACCAAAGAAAGAGAUGUGACCCAAACUGCCAGUUAGCUAAGUACUUUCCAGCCAGCAAGAGUGAAGAUUUUCAGAAUGUUUACAGGCUUUUUGGUGUGAGCAACUUGCUGAAAAUUUUGAAUGUGGUUGCCGAGGAUGAGAGAGAUAAAUCCAUUGAAACCCUAGUUAUGGAGGCUAAAAUCAGGAAGGACCACCCUGUGCAUGGCACUCUAGGUGUUGAAAAGGAGCUUCGUGCCCAGAUAGAGGCCUGUGAAAAAGAGCUUGAUUUUGUGCAGAAACAGCUCUCCUUCAGCAAAGAAAUAAGAAAUUUGCAGAAACUGAAGGAGAAUCUGGAAGCCCAACUGGAUGAAUCUGCAUUAGCAGUCUUGCCAACUAGUUUGGAGCAAACCCGUGGGCCAUGUCUUGCAAAGCUGGGCUCAACACCUCCUAUGUCACAACUUCUUGAUGGGUCAUUAACACAAACAUCUGAUAUGUAUUACCAGGGUGCAGCAAUUAAACCCUCCAAUAUCCAUCCUAUGGAUGAAAUUAUGGAUUCCUAUCAGAAUGAGCAAGCUCUUGCCAAUUUUGAGGAAUCAGGAGAAUCCAGUGCAAAAUUCAAGGCUCCUGAGAAGUUGCCUAUUGCCCAUGUUCAGAGCAAAGCUACAGAAGAUGAGGAUGGAUUACCUAACAAAGGGAAGCAAGGCAUGAGCAAACUCCUACCAACAGAAUGA